AAAAACCCAAGUUGGUUUUCUAAAAAAAGACCAGCGGAAAUAUAACUUUGUGAUAAUGAAUCGCGAUUACGAUUUUCUGCGAUACGGUGAAGUAAUAACAAACGUUAAAGGUGAAAUGAUAAUUUCCAACCAUGGGAGGACGAAAAAACAUUGGAAGAAAAGUGUGUUGAAAAUGUGUGGAAAGUUCUUUAUGAUCAGAACCAUGGAGCAGGAUAAGAGAAUCGUAGAGGCAGAGGGAAAGCGAAAGGAUCGUGGAGGAAGACGGAGAGGGAGAGGAUCGUCGAGGAAAACGGAGAUCGCAAGGAUCGCGAGAGAAAAAGGUAGGAAGAAGAUCGUGGCCCGUUCCUGUAACCGUGAGUAACUACACCAACAAUUUUUUUUUAAAUACGAGUGCGCGAAAUAUGAAAAAUGAUUUUCAUGUUACAAAUGUAGAUAUUCUGCCGAUUGAAUGAUCAAAACACGUGAACGUCAGGAUGCCGUUUGGAUAUUUCAUGGAAGUAUUUUUUUCAAAUAAUGAACCGUUAGAUAUAAUAUUUUCAUAUUAUUUAUUUUCAUGAUACAGUCGUUGCGAUUUAUAGAUUUACGAAUAGAAUGUUUUGUAGAGUUGAUAUAUGGCGGUAGUUGUGCAAAUUUUCGUUGAAAUGUUUCUGGUAAAGAUGUAAAUGUGUCUACUCGACUGUCAACAAAGUUGAGAAUCUCUGUCGUCGUAUCUUUUUUCUUCAAGUGCUCAUGCAGCACUUCAAUAUUUGAAUUAGCGAGUGAUCAGCGCUGCUGAUUCCACAAAAUACAACCCGACGCUCUAUCUGUAUACUACAUAUUCAUUAAUACUUAUAACGAAUGAUAAAACAGAAAAAUAUUUUCUAUUAGUAUCAUGCCUCUCUAUGAAUCUUCGUGUUCAAGCCCAGUGAUGCCAAUGGUGCCAAUGCAAAAUUUCAAUGGGGAAUAUGCACGGUGGUGGAUAAUAAUAUGCGUUUAUUGUGUUCUCAACGCUCCCAACGUUCAAGUGGUCUCUACACUUAUUCACGAUAAUACCGAUUGAGCAAAUGAUUGCUGCCUCGCGGUGGGAAAAUUUGGAGUAACGUCGAACGAGAGGGUUCAACAAGACUUUCUUCUCUCUUGUUUAUAUUUCGUAUUCAGUGGAUUUCUCUACAUGUCCCUAUACUUCUCUCCCUACUUCCACCAUGUUUUCACCACGGGUUUUCACAUUACGUGAAAAACAUUUAGCGUGUACAAUUAUUGGACAUUUUCGGUGUACAAUUAAAAACUAAUUAACAUAUCCGUCUGUUUCGUUGUCUUUCUCAAUAUAAAACAUAAUUACUAUGUUAUUGCCGUCCUAUUUGUGCAUGCCUUGAAUUUAUUUGAACAUACACAUAGUCGUGCAGUUGUAUAUACCGAAAUAUUAAUAAUCGUAUAACGUAUGUAUGAGUACUUUCGUCCUGCGGCGUGCAAAAGCAGAUCAAGUGUGGUACAAAAACACCAGACCAAAUCGUGUCAGGUCAUUUAAUUCGACGAGAUAAAGAAACCUGAAAAAUGUCGCUCUUUAACAAGCCCAAGAGAAAUAUAAGACGACGCUCGUUCAACGACGAUUAUGAGGACAAUGAAAAUAGGAUGGAGUGCGAAGAUUCCAAAACUAUUAAAAUUAAACCCAAGAAGAAAGAUAAGGCUAAACAAACGCUCCUGAGUUUUGGAGAGGAGCUGGAUGAAGCGGAUGACGGUGAAGUUUUUAAAGUGAAGAAAUCCUCUAGAAGCAAAAAACUGAUGAAACAGCUCGACCACGAGAGGAAAAAAAAGAAAGGUGAAGAGAAAAUGCAAGUGGACUCUGAGCAAGCGAACAUGUCCGUUAAGCAGGAAAAAGAUUUAGAAAUAAAGACAGAUGAUCUAGUAGUUAAAAUAAAAAAUACUGGACCUCUGAUAUUGAACGGAAGAGCAGCUCUGACAGCCGGAAAAGACGAUUAUACGUCGGACGAAGAGGAUGAUCAAAAGACUCAUACUUUUAGGAAGAACAAUGCCAAAGCCGAUACAAUGAAAAUUAUUCUUGAAAGUGGCUGUAUACCGGAUGCUGCAAUGAUACACGCAGCAAGAAAGAGACGUCAAAAAGCACGCGAGUUGGGAACUGAUUAUAUACCAAUCGAAGAGCAUGGAGACGACAAAGGAAAAUCGAGACUCAUUAGAGAAGACGAUCACGACAGAAGCGAUGAUGAUGAUUCUCAGGAUCGAAUGGACAUGACGGUUAAUACAGAGGCUCGAGACAAAGAAAUGAGACGCGAAGCUUUUCUCGCUUCUCAAACAUCAGCAAAACUUUCCGAUAAUGAGAGCGAACACGAUCAUGAAGAGGAAGAAUGGGAAGCUCAGCAAAUUCGAAAAGGCGUUACCGGGGCUCAGAUCGCCGCUGCCCAACAGGAUUCUAUAAUGCAGCAGCAAUACUCCAUGGGUAUGAAUUGCAAUCAAAUGUUACGAGUUUCCGGAGUACCGUUGGAAAUGGUACUGAUGCCUGCGCCGCCUCCACCACCGUCCAUUAAUCCACCAGAUCCUACUAAAAUAACGCCGAUUACGCCCCAAGAAGUAAUUGAGAAAAUGCGCGGGAGGAUUGGAACCUUACAGCAAGUCUACAGACGACAUCAGAUGGACCAGGCUCAGUUGGACGAAGAAUUGGAGCAAACGAUGAAGGAAAUGGAUGAGUGCGAAUUGCGUGCACCCCGUUUGGCACAGCGCUUCAGAUAUUACCAAGAGUUGCGUGGGUAUGUCACUGACUUGGUAGAGUGUCUUGAUGAGAAGCUGCCUCUGGUUAUUGGAUUGGAAGAACGUUGGCUAGAAUUGUAUGGCGAAAGGUCGAACGAAUUAAUGGAGAGACGUCGACAGGACACACGGGAUCAGGCCGAAGAAAUCACCACUGCCGCCAGGGGUCAAUCGACAAGGAGGGGGGUCGAAGAUGAAGCACGCGUUCGACGUGCGACAGAGCGAGAAGGAAGACGUGCCAGACGGAGACGAGCUCGUGAAUUGACGCCAACGCUGCCAAAACAUAUUGAUGGCAUGUCCAGCGAUGACGAAGUUACCGAGCAACAGAAUCUUGCAUUUAAACAGACUAAGGAGGACAUCGACAGCGAUAGCCACGACGUAUUCUCCGACGUCGUUGAUGAUUUUUGCACGGUUAGAGGGAUUCUCGCGAAGCUCGAAUCGUGGAAAGAAAUGGACGCAGAAGCUUACUCGGAAGCGUACGUUUCUCUUUGCAUACCGAAGAUCAUUGCUCCGGUCAUAAGGCUUCAGCUUCUUACGUGGAAUCCGAUAAUGGAGAGUGCUGAUCUUGAGCGCACGAAGUGGUACAAUGCUUUGCUUCUUUACGCGCUGGAUCAGCAUGAAACCGAAUCAUCGUUGAGACGAGAUCCCGACGUGAAAAUAAUACCUAUGACAAUAGAAAAAGUUGUCGUGCCCAAACUAACUCUCAUUGUCGAAAAAAUAUGGGAUCCAAUGUCAACGUCCCAGACAUUGCGUCUCGUGGGUACGGUCAGUCGUCUCAUCAGAGAUAAUCCGACUUUAAACGACACGAGCAAACCUCUUGAAAAACUUUUUAAUACCAUUCUUGACAAGAUUAAAUCGGCCGUGGAAAACGAUGUGUUUAUACCCAUUUUUCCGAAGCAAGUUCUGGAUACGAAACAUCAAUUUUUCCAAAGACAGUUCGCAAUGGCCGUCAAAUUGCUACGUAACUUACUGAGUUGGCAAGGUUUAUUGGGCGAUACACAAUUGAAAAAUCUGGCCCUGGGUUCUCUCCUCAAUCGUUAUCUCUUGGCUGGCCUAAGAGUUUGUACGCCUAUCGAUGCUUUGACCAAAGCAAAUAUGAUAAUGAGCACAUUGCCGCGUGCGUGGCUGCAUGGCGAGACGAUCGAGCAGUUGAAAAUGUUCGCGAGCCUUAUAUCUCAGUUGAGCGAAAAAUUAGAUCAAGCCAAUCCAGUGCACAAUGAAGCCUGGGAAUAUUCCAAAUCCAUUCUCAAGAUUAUAAAGCCAUUGUGAAUCCGUUAAAUUCUAUAGACGUAAAAUAAAAGAAAAACCGAUAUCACGAAUAGUAACUAUUUCGUUUAAACGAUGCAAAUUAUUCGAGAAACAAAAGUGAAAUGAACAGAAAAUAAGAAGAAUUGAAAUAACGAUGUGACGGUAGCUCGUAGUUUUAUAUUUUCCAAGCGUGAAUCGGAGCUUUGUACACAUACGCGAUACGGCGUUAACUUUAGGGUCGAUUAGAAUUUAUCUCUCGUUUUACAACGACAUGUGUUGAGAACGAUUUUUGUAUAGUGAUGCACCGAGAUAUUAUAGCAUAAUGUGUGAAAUAAUAUUGACGAUUACAACUCUUGUAUAUAAUGAAAUGCGAGUCUAAGAAAGGAAAAAAAAAAACACCAACAAACGAAAAAAAAACCCAGAAUAAAAAAUAAUAGAAAUCUUAAUAAAA